GUGGUCAGCGCCUUUGCUGUUCUAUCCGUAAACCCUUUCAAUGGAGAAGCAGCUAUGGGAGUAAGCAGAAGCCACGCCAACUGUUUCUCAUCAUCAUCAUCAUCUGAAGAUCCUCCACCAGUUUUUCCGGCCGCCGCCAGCUCAGUACUUUCAAGGCGGAGCUGCAAUGGCCUUUCAGACUUCCUCAAACAGAGUUUUGUCUCUGAGAACUUGCUCAUCACUUAGGAGGACUGCUUCGAUAAGCUCAUUAUGUUUCAGAAGAAGCUCAUCUGUUGGACUCCUCUCUACAUUAAACUUGGCAUAUUAUUCCACAUAUCCUGAGAGUGAUAUAUGUUCAUCAAAACGGAGAUCUCGUGGACCUACCAUGGCUGCAAAGAAAGCUUCUGAAGGGGUAAAGCCAGAGGAUGGUAAAUACAAACAUACAGUUGACUUGCCAAAGACAGCAUUUGGCAUGAGAGCUAACUCUGCUGUAAGGGAACCUGAAAUUCAGAAAUUAUGGGAUGAGAAUCAGGUGUUUAAGAAAGUUGCCAGUGGGAAUAAUGGAGGGAAUUUCGUUCUUCAUGAUGGUCCUCCUUACGCCAAUGGUGAUCUUCACAUGGGCCAUGCUCUAAAUAAGAUUCUUAAGGAUAUUAUUAACCGCUAUAAGCUUCUUCAGAACUAUAAAGUUGAUUAUGUGCCUGGUUGGGAUUGUCAUGGCUUACCAAUUGAACUAAAAGUGUUGCAGUCGUUGGAUGACAAUGCUAGAAAGGAGCUCACACCUUUAAAGUUGAGAGCCAAGGCAGCCAAAUUUGCAAAAGCCACCGUUAAGACACAGAUGGCAUCAUUUAAGCGCUACGGAGUGUGGGCAGACUGGGACCAUCCUUAUCUUACUCUUGAUCCAGAGUAUGAGGCUGCUCAGAUUGAAGUAUUCGGUCAGAUGGUCCUUCAAGGAUACAUAUACAGAGGUAGAAAACCUGUCCAUUGGAGUCCAUCAUCACGAACUGCUCUGGCAGAGGCUGAGUUGGAGUAUCCUGAGGGGCAUGUCUCGAGAAGCAUGUAUUCCAUAUUCAAAUUAGUCAGAGCACCUUCAGCUUCAGGUGGGUUGUUGGAGGAAUUCUUCCCAGACCUGUGCUUGGCCAUUUGGACAACAACUCCAUGGACUAUUCCUGCCAACGCUGCUGUUGCAGUGAACUCAAAACUCCAAUAUGCUGUUGUUGAAGUUCUCCCUCCUUCUGGAGAUGUCUCUACGUCUCCUGGAGAGGGAAAGAAAAGGCUUGGCAAUAUUUUGAAGGAACAAAAGAUACCCUUUCUUAUUGUGGCUUCAGAACUUGUGCCAACCCUGGAAGCAAAAUGGGGGACAAAGCUUGUUGUUAAGAAACUCAUGAUGGGCUCAGACCUUGAAAACUAUAGGUAUAUUCAUCCAAUUGAUAACAAGGAAUGCCCAGUUGUCCUUGGGGGCGACUACAUUACAACAGAGUCAGGGACUGGUUUGGUCCAUACUGCACCUGGUCACGGACAGGAAGAUUAUGUGACUGGCUUGAAGUAUGGCUUGCCUGUAUUUUCCCCAGUAGACGACGAUGGGAUUUUCACUGAAGAAGCUGGACAAUUUAGAGGCCUUGAUGUUCUUGGAAACGGCAAUACUGCUAUCAUCGACUACCUUGAUGAACAUAAAUCAAUGGUUAUGGUAGAACAAUACAAACACAAGUAUCCAUAUGAUUGGCGAACAAAGAAACCUACUAUAUUUAGGGCGACAGAGCAGUGGUUUGCAUCUGUAGAAGGAUUUAGGAAGGCUGCAAUGGAAGCAAUUAAUACAGUGGCAUGGUUUCCAUCACAGGCCGAAAAUAGGAUCACUUCAAUGACAUCUAGUCGCUCGGAUUGGUGUAUUUCACGUCAAAGAACGUGGGGAGUUCCUAUUCCAGUCUUUUAUCAUGUUGAUUCUAAAGAGCCUCUCUUGAACGAGGAAACUAUGAAUCACAUCAAGGCUAUAAUCUCUCAAAAGGGAAGUGAUGCUUGGUGGUAUAUGAAAGUCGAGGAACUGCUUCCCGAGAGUUAUCGUGAAAAGUCAUCAGAAUAUGUUAAAGGGAUGGAUACGAUGGAUGUUUGGUUUGAUUCAGGUUCCUCAUGGGCUGCUGUACUGGAGAAAAGGGAUGGUCUUCGUUAUCCCGCAGAUUUGUAUCUUGAAGGCACAGACCAGCACCGUGGAUGGUUCCAAAGUUCCUUAUUGACAAGUGUUGCUACAAAAGGAAAAGCACCUUACGCAGGUGUUAUCACACACGGAUUUGUACUGGACGAGAGGGGUUUAAAGAUGAGCAAAUCCUUGGGUAAUGUUGUAGAUCCUACUAUUGUGAUUGAAGGUGGGAAAGAUGCCAAGGAAUCACCUUCUUAUGGAGCUGAUGUUCUGCGACUGUGGGUUUCUAGUGUAGAUUAUACAGGCGAUGUAUUGAUUGGGGCUCAAGUUCUCCGUCAAAUGUCAGAGAUAUAUAGGAAGCUCAGAGGAACAUUGCGGUUUCUUUUGGGAAAUCUUCAUGAUUGGGAAGUGCAUAAUGCUGUUCCAUAUGAUGAUCUCCCGUCAAUUGACCAGCAUGCUUUGUUUCAGCUAGCCAAUGUUGUAAAUAACAUCAAAGAGAGUUAUGAAAAUUAUCAGUUUUUCAAAAUAUUCCAGAUUAUUCAACGUUUUGUGAUUGUUGAUUUAUCGAAUUUCUACUUCGACGCAGCCAAAGAUCGGCUUUAUGUUGGGGGUUCUACAAGUUUUACUAGGAGAAGCUGUCAAACAGUUCUUGCAGAACAUUUACUUUCUAUUUCAAGAAUAAUCGCUCCAAUAUUGCCUCAUUUAGCUGAGGAUGUCUGGCAGAACCUUCCUUUCCCGUUUACUAAACCUGAAGGUUCUAUUGCUAAAUUUGUUUUUGAAUCAAGAUGGCCCGAUUUGGAUCAAAGAUGGCUCUCUUCCACAAACGAAGAAAUUGAUUUCUGGGAAAAUAUUCUCGAGUUAAGAACUGAAGUGAAUAAAGUUCUAGAAGUUGCCAGAACAGGAAAGACAAUUGGGUCCAGUUUGGAGGCGAAGGUUUAUCUUCACACAUCCGACGAUAGCCUUGCCACAAGAUUAAACGCAAUGUGCAUUUCCAAAAACGACGCUGACACCCUGAAUCGCAUAUUCAUAACAUCCCAGGUAGAGAUUCUUCCGUCUGAAAUGAGCAGCGAGAAGAUAGAAUAUAAGGGAGAAUACAUUAUUCCAGGAAAGGAGAAGAAGAUAUGGAUUGGCGUUUCUCGAGCAGAGGGAUUGAAAUGCGAGAGAUGCUGGAACUACUCUAGUCAAGUUGGUUCUUUUAUUGAACAUCCAACACUGUGUAACCGCUGUCAUGACGUCGUUUCGGUUCAAGCUCCUCCAGCAUUAGCGGCAGCUGUCAGUUAGAAAAAAACGCAAAAAGAGUUAAAAAUUGAGGAAGAAAAUUAAAACUAAUAAUUUGAUGUAUACUGGAAUAUUUUUUUAUUUUUUUUAUUUAACAUUGUAAUACAAAACAGUUGAGAUCUGUGAUCCUCGUCCACUUUUCUUUAUGUAACAAAAUAUGAUUGCAUUGGAUCAUAGUUUAGUUUGACAAAUGAAAUUGCGGGUGGUAUUUA